AUGCUAUUGCAACUAUUGGCCUUGUUGAACCUGAUCAGCACCAAAGAAUUAACACAAUUUCUUGUCUUUGGAAAGGACGAAACCGGACACUUUUGUGAUUUUUCUCUUACUCCUGCUGAGGCUGUCUCCGAAGUUACAAUUUUUGAGGUUAUUGAUGAUAAGAAUGACCAGGCUGUUGCAAGGGUAAGACUAACGCCUGUUGGUUCUCCGCAGUCAAAUGGAUAUUCCAGAAUCGAAAUUCCAGAAGACCUAGCUGUUGAAGGUACAACGUACAGCUUCCAAUACACCUUUGAGGAAGGCGGUCAUGCGUUUAGCGAAAACUGGACAUAUGAUGCGGAUAGAAAGCAAUUUGCACUAUCAUCUGCAGUUAAGAAAAAGUUCUGGAAGGAUCUGCGGUUCCAGAUUGCAAUGGGAAUUACGGGUGUGCUUGGACUUAUUGGGCUUUCAACAGCUCUGUACAGAAAAAGAAGAAAAUCAAUGUCUAUUUUGCAAUAA